GUGCUGGUGGUCACUGCCGGAGCUCUGCUCAGCGUGACAGCCAUCUCCAGCGUAGUUUUGUGUUCAUCAGGAGAGAGCAGCAUGAAGUUCAACCUGGCUCUCCUCCUGGCCAUGGCUCUGGCCGUGGCUGUGUUCCGCGCAUGUGGCCUUGGCCUCUGCGGACACCGCUCCUGGGAAAGGGUCAGGGUCAGCAGGAGCCUUGGCACCAAGCACCAGGUCUCCAACUGGCCCUGCAGCCUCGGCCUUUCCAGCUGCCCCAGCUGGAUCCGGCUCAGGCUGAACACCAUGGUCCCUUCACGGGACCCAAAGCAACGUCCCGUCGGCACCGAGCGCCAGCCCUCCGAGCUGCCCUACCCCCUGGGCCACUUCUGGGAAUACCUUGCCCAGGGCAGGAGAGUCUGGCUGCUGUGCAAUAACUGGGACGCCAUCUGCCUCCUCGGCGUGGGGCUGCUUGCCCUCAGCCUCUGGAGAAGUGUGAAGAGAUACAGGAGACAGGGAACGGUCCGGUGGGCCUCAGCUUCCGUGGGGACAGACCACCGGGGAAAGGACGCUCUGGAUGAUUGUGCCUUGCUCUGCCGGAUGGAGGCCAAUGCUGCUGUCGUGGUGAGGUGCCUGAAGCGCCUCUACCAGCUCCGCCUGCAAGAGCUUGGGCUCCCACUGCCGAGGAAGAAGGCACAAAACAAGCACAAGAAAAGAACAGUCCCCUUGCAUACCCUCCGCAAAUUCAUCUAGAGCGUGCACGCCGUGUACCGGUGACAGGAAAGGCAGUGCGGCGAAUUGACAGCGAGCCGGUGAGGCAGGACACACCUCAGCCCGCCGAAGGCUCCUGCCGUGAAGGCACCUCCCCUGACAACUGGAUGCCAACAUCGCCCUGAACACCUCCUCCCUGCACGGGCACCACCGACAAUGCCAGCUGUCCCCUGGUGGGCUGCCCGUGCCCUGCCAGCGCAACAGCCAGCGAGGACUCGGCAUUCAUCUCGUGAGGACCUCCGAGGAGAAGUCCCCUUUUCCAUCCUCCCAGAGGCACCGCUGGGACUGCUGGCAUCCCAAAGGACAUGGCUCUGCUUUGUUGCUCCACAGAGGACAGCAGGAGCAUGCGUGUGCAGCAGAGCUGGCUGGGGGACUCCUGAAAAUUUCUGUUGGUAGCAGACCGCUUCUCCCAGCUGAAUAAAGAUCAUCCGUACAGGAACUUGUGUCCUUUUGGUACCAAGGGGCUUGGGGCAGCAGCCACACGGGAGGCAGUGGGGCAGGUGAGGGCUGCUGCGUGUGGGUUUUAGAGAACACACCUGCAGAGGAAUGGGGGAGCUGGGCUGGGAGAGAAGAGCUGCGAGGUGCCGCCCAGGCGCCCAUGCCCCAGGAGGAGAGACCACAUCCUGGCAGGGUGCCCGUGUCCCACUGAGGUUUCCUUGGGGGUGCCCAUGGCCCUGGGAGGUGGCAGUGGCUGGUGAGUGCCCAGGACCCUGUGAGUCAUGUCCCUGGGGGACUAA